UUUUACAUUGUUAUUUAUUUAAAAAAUAGAAUAAGUAGAUAUAUCUUUUGUUCGAGAUAUUCUUGUCAGGCAUAACCAAUGCAAAACCACAGCAACAAACGUUCGACAGUAGCUCGUAUAGGAAGGGGAUGAAUAGGAAAAUGAAAAAAAGUGGGGGUAAUGCGUAAUCGGUUCUUUAAGUCGCACACAUAUGUUGUGUCGAGUUUUUUAAUUUCUUUUUCUGUGAAGUUAAUAAUCUAACGGACCUGUUAAAUAUUUGACAAGCAACUACACGUGCUUUACCGGUUACACGUGGUUUAUCAAUCCAUCGUCGUUUAUUUUUAAUAUAUAACAAAUUAUAUAAAUCUUCCCCCUUCAUUUUUUUGGAAACGAAUGAAUAUUAGGUCGUACUGCUUAUGUGUAAUGUAUGGUUCUACAAUUUUAUACCAUUUCGAAAAAAUCGGUGCUUUGAAGGUCUGAUGGAGCCCUUAUUAAACAUAGAAAAUCCCUGAAGCAUUUGUCUCACACUAUUACGUCUAGCCUAGUUUCAUCUUAACACCAUUUCUGGAUGAAUUAAAUAGUAGUCAUUAUAUGAUGUAAUACUUUCUCAGUUUUACUCAUUACAUGCAUCAGUACUUUGAGAAUAUAACUAAAAUGGAUGAACUAACUUGGAACGAGAAAUAUAAUCUCAUAACAAGAAAUCUAGGAGAAUGGCUUGGCGAUGAAAAAUUAAAAAGUAUUUUGAAACAACGAGAUCUUAAAAUUUAUUGGGGUACUGCUACUACCGGCAAACCUCAUAUUGGAUACUUUACACCAAUGUUAAAGAUAGCUGAUUUUUUAAAUGCUGGAGCUGAAGUUACUAUUUUAUUCGCUGACUUACAUGCUUAUUUAGAUAAUAUGAAAGCACCUUGGGAACUUUUAGAAUUAAGAACAUCAUAUUAUGAAGUUAUUAUCAAAGCUAUGCUUAAAUCUAUUGGCGUGCCUUUGGACAAACUUAAAUUUGUUAAAGGAACGGAUUAUCAAUUAUCCAAGGAAUAUACUUUGGAUAUGUAUCGAUUAAGUUCUAUUGUAACCGAACACGAUGCCAAAAAGGCAGGUGCAGAAGUUGUCAAACAAGUUGCAAAUCCAUUACUUUCUGGUUUGCUAUAUCCAGGACUGCAAGCAUUGGAUGAAGAGUACCUUCAUAUCGAUGCUCAAUUUGGUGGAAUAGAUCAAAGAAAGAUAUUCACCUUCGCUGAAAAAUAUUUACCAAUGCUUGGAUAUGAUAAACGUAUUCAUUUAAUGAAUCCUAUGAUACCUGGGCUAGCUGGUGCUAAAAUGUCUUCCUCUGAAGAAGACUCAAAAAUUGAUCUUCUGGAUGGAGCUUCAACAGUUAAAAAGAAGUUGAAAAAAGCAUUCUGCGAACCUGGCAAUAUCAAUGAUAAUGGAAUACUUACUUUUUCUAAGCAUGUGAUAUUUAGUUUAUUAAAAAAAGGGGAAUCUUAUAAUGUACCGAGAAGCAAAGAUUUUGGUGGAGAUAUAUCUUUUUCUACAUACGAGGAAUUAGAAACUGCAUUCGCAAAGGAAGAAAUACAUCCUGGUGAUCUUAAAAAUGCAGCCGAGAUAUAUAUAAAUAGGCUCUUAGAUCCGAUUAGAAAAGAAUUUGAUACAUGUCCUAAAUUAAAAUCUCUUGUCAGUAAAGCAUAUCCACCACAGAAACAAAAGGUGGUAGAUGAAAUAGUACCGUCGAGAUUGGAUAUUAGAGUUGGAAAGAUCGUUGAUGUGAAAAAACAUCCCGAUGCCGAUUCAUUAUAUGUGGAGAAAAUAGAUUUAGGUGAAAAUAACGGUCCUAGAACUAUUGUCAGUGGUCUUGUAAAUUAUGUUCCUAUAGAGGAAAUGCAAGAAAGAAUGGUACUUGUACUUGCAAAUCUUAAAGCGGCUAAUCUCAGAGGUAUACAAUCUCAUGGAAUGGUUCUUUGUGCAUCUGCAGAUGCGCCAACAAAGCAAGUUGAACCUUUGAGACCACCAGAAAAUAGUAAUCCUGGUGAUAGAAUUUUCAUAGAGGGUUAUGAAAGUGGAACACCGGAUGACGUUUUAAAUCCAAAGAAAAAAGUUUGGGAAAAGUUGCAGGUUGAUCUCAUUGUAAAUGGAAAUGGAGAAGCAUCAUGGAAUGGAAAUUUGUUGGUUACGUCGAAUGGUGGAAAAAUAAUUGCAGACUCUCUCAGGGACGUACCAAUUAAGUAAUGUAUUUUACAAUUAUUCCUAUUAUAUGCAUUUGAUUGUUGAAUUAUAAUUGAAUUAUGAUAUCCAUUGAA